AUGGUGCCCCGCGGGGCCGGCGGUCCGAGGUGCGGGGGCGGGGGCGGGGGGCGGGCGCGGGGUGACCGGGAGCGGGGCCUGCGGAGGCGUGCGGCGGGCGAGGCCGGGCGGGCCCCGGCGGACGAGGAAGCGGUGGUGGUGGUGGUGGUGGCUCCUCCCAAGGGGCGGGGCGCCGGGCCUGGCUCCUCCUGCCCCGCGCGCAGGACACGCCCCUCGAACGCAGGCCACGCCCCAUGCCACGCCCCCUGGCCCGCUGUAGAGCCCCGGUUUUGGCACGUUAAGACCACGCCCCCGGACACACCUCACAUAAAUAAGCCACGCUCCGGAGCGUCUGUCUACCCAAGCAGACACGGGUCCUGGCUGGAGUGUCACACGGCUGCUGUGCGACCCCGGGUAGGAGCUGGAGCUAGGGGGGACUCCAGGCGUCCCCCUGAGGGCGGGCAAGGAGGCGGGACCGACCGGGGCUCCCUGCAGCCCGCCCCUCCACGCACGGCACAGGCACAAUGCAGGGGCUUCCGCCCCAUCACAGCCCCGCCGCUGCCCGCCCCAGGCUUCGGCCCCGCGGGCCCCCAGGCCCCCCAGCGGCUUGCUGCUGCUGUGUCUGUUGCGCUCUGGGGCUGGGCCACUUGGCUGGGGGCGCCGGGCAGCUCCCCCACGGAGCCCCCGGGAGAGGAGGACACUUUGCAGAACGAGGCUGACAACCAAGAGAACGUCCCUGUCCCAGGGGACUACGACAAGGUGAAGGCUGUGUCCGAGGGUGCUGGCUGUAGCUGCAAAUGCGUGGUGAGGCCGCUAGGACGUGAUGCCUGCCGCAGGGUGGACACGGGGACUCCCGGACCCCACGACACCUACACUGUGGAAACCGUUACCUCGGGGCCUGGCUGCAAGUGUUUCCUGUGUGGCACCCCAUCCGCUCUAAAUCCCUGUGAGGGUGACUUCCGGCUACAGAAACUUCGGGAAGCUGAGGGCCGUGACCUGAAGCUCUCCUCAGUUCUGGACAUGCUGGAGGGUGCCCUGUACGGCCUGGACCUCCUGAAGCUGCACUCAGUCACCACUAAGCGGGGGCGUGUGGACAGGCUGGAGGAGGAAGUUUCUAGAAACCUCACUCAGGAAAAUGAGGAGAUCAAAGAACACAUUGAGGAGAUUCGCUCCGAGGUGAGAGAGAGGAGCCAGCAGGGGUGCUGCAGAGAGAAACCGGACAGCCAGCCAGACUGUAGAAGCCGCCUCCUCGCUGAGUCAGCCCUUGCUUGGUCAGCCUCGGGAGGGUUCUGAAGUUUCUGCAGGAAGAAAUUCUUGUCACUGCAGGUCAACACAGUAGAGCUCCUGGACACUCAGCCCCUGGCACGGCCCCCACAGCUUCCACACCAGCCUGCAAAGCCCAGGGCCCAGCUGGUCUCCAGGCCCACCAUCAUCCGGGGCUUCACCUACUACAAGGCACAGGUGCCUGAUGAGGAAGAAGACGAGAAUGACAUUGAGGAGCUGCAAGAUGAGUUUUUCAGCGGGGAUCACGAAGGGUACCUGCUGAGUGCGGAGCAGCUGCUGAGACAGGGAAGCGUCGCUGGAGCUGACCUGGAUCUCCUGUCCCCCGCAUGGCCCUCCAGUCCGGGCGUCCCCGACCCCAUGAGCCCAGCCUCUGCUGAACAAGGGUCAACACCACCCCUAGCCGUGGGGGAGCUAGACACGCCCCCCACGGUCACUUCACCACUUUCCACCUCAGGGGCACCGCUGCCCACGGUGGCUGAAGCCACGCACACAGAAGUGGCAGGGACUGAGGCCACGGCUGGGUGGGGCACAGUGCCUGUCAGCCCCUCGCUGAGCCCGGAGGACAUUCCGACCAUAGGGAAAUGCGAAGACACGCUGUCCUCCAUCACCGAGCCUGUCCUCCAGAACACCUACGGGCGCAGCGAGGGCGCAUGGAUGAAGGACCCUCUGGCACAGGAUGAUCACAUCUACGUCGCCAACUACCACUAUGGCAACACGCUGAUAGAGUUCCGGAACCUCGAGAGCUUCAAGCAGGGCCGCUGGAGCAACUCGUACAAGCUGCCGUACAGCUGGGCGGGCACGGGCCACGCGGUGCUGGGCGGCGCCUUCUUCUACCGCCGCGCCUUCUCGCGCACCAUCCUCAAGUUCGACCUGCGGCGGCGCAGCGUGGCGGCCUGGGCGCUGCUGCACGACGCGGCGCUCGAGGAGCGGGAGCGGGAGCGGGCCGCGGACGCGGCGCCCGGGCGCUGGCGCGGGCCGUCGGACGUGCACCUGGCCGUGGACGAGGCGGGCCUGUGGCUGCUGUACCCGGCGCUGGACGACGACGCCAUGGUGCUCAGCCGCCUCAGCGCCGCCGACCUGAGCGCGCGCCGCGACGCCACGUGGCGCACCGGGCUGAGGCGCGGGCGCUUCGGCAGCUGCUUCGUGGUGUGCGGGGUCCUGUACGCCGUGGACAGCGCCCGGCGCCGCCGCGCCGCCGUGGCCUACGCCUUCGACACGCACACGGGCACGCAGGUGGCGCCGCGCCUGCCCUUCGAGAACCGCUUCGCCGCCACCGCGCACGUGGGCUACAACCCGCGCGACCGGCUGCUCUACGCCUGGGACAACGGCCACCAGCUCACCUACCAAGUGGUCUUCGCCUACUGA